AUGUCAAGAAACGACCCACUGAGUCUCCUGCGCGAGUUUACCAUCUCUAAGAAACCUAUCACGCUUGUCAAUGCCGAUGGCAAUCUUGUGACAGAGCUCACCGAAGCAACUGACGUUGUCUUUGCGGAUGAUGAGCAGAGAUUUCAAUUUCCACGCAACACUCCAACUAAUUACAGACGUGGUGCAUCAGACGAGACUUACAACCUUGAGACACUUCUCUUUCUUUUACAGAAAGCUCACUUGAGUGUGCCAGAGUACUCUUUGGAGGUCGCUCAGAAGGGUAUUCCCAUCGUUUCGAUCCUCGACAAGAGAGGAGUGUUGGACUAUCUCACUGGAGUAACCUCCACCUCGAACAAUAUUCUAUAUCAACCAACAAACGCUAGCAAGCGAACAGGAGAUGGGGUUGCGGACGAUAAGGAGAAUGAUGCGUCAAAGAAACAAAAGUUAUCAGCUCAAUCAGGACAUAUGGACGGAAAUGAGGUUUUACGAAUGACCAUCAUGAGGGAAAGGCUAGCCAGGACAACUGCCAGUGUGUUGCGAGGCAAUAAGAAUAAAUCCAAGGACGAGAAGGCACCAACUAAAAAGCCGGAUCCAAAGCAAUCAGGAUCGGCAACUCUACCAAGUUCGUCUUCGCGUACUGUUUCCACAGCAGGCGUAACAGCAUCGCGUUCUGGAACCGGCUCAUCAUCUCAGAAUAAAUCCAAAUCAUGUAAGACUUGGAGCUUGGGAACAUCCUCGCGUAUUCCGAUCAUCAUUGUUCCUGCAGCAAUGACAUCCAUGUUGACAAUGUACAAUGUGAAGCAGUUCUUGGAGGAUCAACUAUUCGUGAAUAGUGAGGAUAUUCGCAAUCAAGGAGUUACUAAGCCAUCACGGCUUUCAAUUGAGCGUCGCCAGAAGCCUAAUGAACCCCACAAAACACCCUAUCAUGUCAUUGAGAACGCAGAUCAGCUUAAAGACGAAGACUGGGAUCGUGUAGUGUGUGUUUUUACAACUGGGGCUGAGUGGCAAUUUAAAAAGUGGAAGUGGCAGACCCCUGUCCAACUAUUUGCCCAAGUCAAAGGUUUUUAUGUCAAAUGGGCAGAUGAGCAACCGAAGGAGAUUAUCAAGUCUUGGAAUGUCGAAAUCUUGAAUUUAAACCGUCAUCGUCGGCAUGCUGAUAGAGCUGUGGUAACAGAGUUUUGGGAUCGUCUUCAGGCCUGGUGCUUGGCAAACAAACCUCAUUUAGCUUAUUAG